GCUUGUUUUUUUUUCAGACAGACGCAACCAAAACGAAUGUGGCUAACUGGUGGUUGAUGUCUAGUAGCCUAGCCUGUCGGUGUAUAACGUGGAACGGAGGAAAGAAUCCGAACUAUGACUUCAACAAAUACAUUUAAAGGCAUUGAUUCGUGUGGCAAACCAAGCUCGAGGGUACUCCGACCCCCUGGAGGAGGCUCUAGUAACUUGUUUGGGGGUGGAGAUGAAGCAACUGCAGGGACUCGAUCGAGCAAGAUGGCCUCCACCAUUUUCGCACCUCCAGAAGAACCUCUGGGAGGCCCAAAGAGGACAAACCCACCAGGAGGGAAGAGCAGUGGGAUCUUUGAUGAGGCAGCGGCAGCCCGUCCUCAGCAGAGGCCAGUUCCCUCUUCUGGAGCCAGCAGCAGUAUUUUUGGGGAGGCAGUUAGCGAGCUACCAACUGUCCGCAGCCACCCAAACAAGCCAAAGGACAACAUUGGCGUGCAUGGUACACCACAACCUGAAGCUCCACGGCAGGCGGAGCGCCCUGCGCGGAGUGGGAAGGGGAGCACUUCGGCGCCGUCCGCUCCCAGCAAGGAGCCCCCCCAGCCGCAGGCCGACCCGCCCCCCGCCCAGGCCUCGGCGGACAGCCACGAGCCCCGCCUUGGACCCGUACCUCGGUCCCACAACAAGGUCAUCCACCCUCCGGGGGGCAAGUCCAGCGUGGUCUUCUACUGAUCGCCUCCACCGGCCCCCAUCUCUUUCUCCACGGCUGUCCUUUGCACUUACUCCUUUCCCUGCGAUGAGGAAUGUUUUCUGAAAUUAAUGGCCAAAGGUUUCUUGCCUCCCUUUUUUUUUUUUUUUUUUUUGGAAUGUUGGGGGGUUUUGUGGUGCUAUAGGAAUGGCUUCGAAUGGUUAGCUUCAAAUGAAAAACAUUUGCCAUUCCUGUUAAAUGGGUGAUUUGGAUCACGUCUUCAAAAUUUUGAACCAGUACACUGAUGUGAAAACGGCGCACAAUUGCGUAGCUUUCGUUCAUGCAGCUGAGACAGAAGCUCUACAGGAAUUUAAAUUUCAGAGAAAGGGUUCCCAUUUCCAUCCACCCCAGAGAUGACCUCAUGCUGUUGUUUCAGUUUAAACAACUCCAGGGCCUUGUUCUCUAUUCUUUUUUCUCACCCGCAAACUAAUCCAGCUGAACCAAAUAAUAUCCCUUUUAAAUUAAUGUGUUGAUAUAAGAACAAAGAAAUUUAGCAUUUUAGUGUUUUUCCUCUGACAGUUCUCAUUUAUUUUUAGUCGUAUGCUAGGGAAGAUCUCUGUUGUGUCACUCUGUCUUGUUCUGUUAUAAAUGUGAAAAAAGUUCAGGGAAAGCUACACCAAAAAUUAAUGAACAGAAAAAUCAGUGGGUAGCCAGCCUACAAAACUGAAUACUUUAUACUUUUUCCUCGUAUCGUUGGUCUUAUGUGUGGGAACAACAUGCCAAUAUCCAUUAUGUAGGGUCUCCCAUUUCUGCCACUGCCGGUUCUACUAAAGAAUGUGGUAUUAAAACUCGGAAAGGCAUUUUAUGUUUUAAAUUAAAACUGCAAGACAAAUGUGAACUCUCAAAAGCGGGUGGAAAAAAAAAACCCUAAAUUGAACAAAAUGAGAGGAUUCCUCGGCAAGGAGGAAAUCUCACUAUGUGUUGGUGUUCCAAACGUGUUCACUCUUACCAGCCUAAGUGCCAGCCUUUUCCACGCGUGCCUUUUCUACAUGCAGCUGCGCCUAACGGGCAGCGUGUAGUGCAGGAGCAGUGAAGUCCCUGUGGUCUGUGUAUUGCAAUAAAAAUGGUUGUAUUAAA